CAGACUAGUUCAGAAAAUGGAUAAUGACGACCCUAUUGUUCGCCCCAAGACUGGUCAAAGUGAGCGACCUUACAGCGUGUCAAAGGAUGAGGCGUAUGCACGUAUGCUACAAAGAGAAGAAGAGUCAUUAGUGACAACAUCAGAUGAAGACUUUGCAAGGCAACUUCAGGAUGAGCUGAACAUGGAAGAGCGAAGGAAAUUUCGGGAAUCAUUAUCUAAUCGUCCAGCCAUGCGAGCUAUGACCCCAAUAACACAACUGUUCAGCUCUCUAGUUGGCUCUAGAUGGAACAAUACUUCCAUGGAUGAGGAUAGUGACAAUGAAAACGAUUCGGAUGAGAAUGACAAUACCGAUUCUGAUUCCACUGUCUCAGGUGCUACAGCAUCCACCACAAGUAGCACCACAACUGCGGCGGACAGUUCAGAUCGACGGGAUACCACACCAAGGUCAGGAACCACCACAAGGGGAAGGAGUCGUGGCACUACAAGAUCCACAAGAGGUUUACAUGGAAUGCGUCCUAUGGAGACAGCAGUGAGUACAAGGCCUGCGGCUGGAUCAACAAGGGCAAGGGGAACAACCCGUGGGACAAGUAGGGGCCGGCGAGGUCAAGGGACAAGUAGAGGAGCAAUGGCAUCUGUUAGAGGCAGUCGGAAUCCCCAAGGGACCAGUGCAGAAAGUGAAUCAGGUGAAACGAGGAUCACUGGGAACAGAAGGUCUAUACCUAGGACUAUGGAACCUACAGCUGCCCCUUUGUCUCUUGCCAUAAAUCAACCAGAGCUUCCAGAUGGAGAGAUGGAACCAGAAAUUAUUUUAUUAGACAGGGGUGAAUCAGAUGAUCCAGACAAUAGCUACGUACGCAUCAUGCGUGACCCCAUGUUACUACUACUAUUUCUGAUGGGGCGGGCCCCACACAUGAUGGUGCCAGAUGAUGUAGAUGCCAACGAUUACGAGUCCCUUUGGCAGCUGGCUGAAGAGCUUGGGGAGGUGAAGAAUCGUGGUCUUGGGGACAGGGAGCUGGGAUCCUUGCCCUGUAAGCUGUACAACAAACGAACAAAGGUGUCAGGAGAAGGUGAAAAUCAGGCAGAAUGUCGAGUCUGUCUCAAUGGCUUUAGUGCUGGGGAUAGUGUCUGUACACUGCCCUGUAAGGGAAAACAUGAAUUCCAUGAAAAGUGUGUCAAAGAAUGGCUGAAGCGGAAUGCCUCCUGCCCCAUAUGUCGGUUUGAGCUGAAGAAGAGUUAGCAUAAAGGUGAUGGUAGAAUGGAAGGUAC